CGUUUUGAAAGGUUCAAAACCAUUUCGCCUGUCUAUUACUUUGAACACAUUUAGCAUCUACCUGAAUAUAUAUAUUUUUUGGAAUAAUGGAAAUAAUAUUAUGCAAAAUCCAUGGCAGCACAUGCAUGCUAAAGACAGGAGUGAAAGAAGGGCCAAAUAAUGGUAAAAGCUUCUACGUGUGUGGGGACCGUCAAAAAGCUACUCCCUGUGAUUUCACCCAAGUGGCUAAUAUCCCAUCCUCCCAUUGCCUGAAUCAUGAGGAUUCCAUGGUAGAACUCCAGAGUCUCAUUCUCAGUCAGCAGCAGCAGGGCUACAGGUUGUACUACCGGUGUGUUUCGGGAAAGAAAGCAGGUCAGAGGUGGUGUGGUAAUAUUCCCUGGACUGCGCCACACACAGAGAAACGCAGCCCGUUGUCUGACAGACAGCUACAGCUUCAGUCCUCCUGCCUGCCCCCAGAGAGAAACCCCUUCAAGGCCUCUGGCAAGAAAGACCAGACCUCCGAGUGGAGGAGACUACAAGAUGGAGAGAGGCGAGUGGUUGAGGGGGAAGGAAGGAAAGAGAAAGGAGGCAAUGAAAGAUGUGACAAGAGUGGAGGUAAAGAAGGAGAACAUGGCCGAGCUGUAGAGGAGGAGAGGGAGAAGUCUAGUCCCUCGGAAUGUUGGAGAGACAAACCGCUUCCAACAGGGAUGAAGGUAAAGAAGAGAGUCUCGGAUGAGGAGAAUGAGAAAAGUGCUGAAUCGUCACCUGAGGAGAAGGUAAAGACUGCCAAGGAGAUGAAAGACAAAACCUCAAGCAAAGAGGUCCACGGGCAGGCUGAGAGAAGCAGAAACUCCAGCCCCAAGCCCCAGGAUGCAGAAGACACACACAAAGCCUCGAAGAGUCGUCAUGCGGACUUCUCACAGGAACCACCAAACAAUGGCCUCAGGGAUUCUGAAAAGCAUGCUGGGAAAAAGACUAUCCCAGGGAAGACGAGCAGCUUGUCAGAUGUAAUUGGCAUUACUUCUAAUGACACCCAGCUACCUAAGAGCACAAAGACGACCAAAACUCUAAUCCCACAGUGUGACGAACCAGCUAUGCCAGUUUCCACAACAUCCAAACAUGAUAAGGGGACAGACAAAACAUCUGCUUCAUCACAUCCGAACCAGGGCGAGUCCCAUCGAGCCAAGCCCAGUGAUGAUGAUGAUGAUGAUGAUGAUGAUGUCCAGUUUGUGUCGAUGCUGCCAGGUACAAAGACAACUUCUCCAGCAAUGGCCCCAGUCCAGAAAACCCUGACCUCCUUCCCAGGGUUCCAGACUGCUUCUCGGGUCAAAAGUCAGCAGGAGGACCCCAGAGCCCGGCACAACCAGCUCACGGCCCAGCUCAGACAGAAGAAGGCCACACUGUCUGCGGUGAAUGUCUCUGCUUUGCCUGAUAAAGGAGAGAGGUUGAAGAGUCAAGUCAAAGAGCUAGAGGAUGCACUGGAGUCUUUGUGUCUCACUACUUCCACUGAGCCAGAGCCCCUUUGUGGUGAGGAUAAUGUCACGACGACAGCCGCCCCAAGUCAGACCAACCCGUUCAGCCGCCCAGGGGGAGCUGUCCUCCUGCCUGUCGCUCCCCCACCCCCCCAGCACCAGGCCGCUGCUAACUCACUGGGGUUGCAGCUCAGCCAGGGUUACACACCCAGUUAUGGAGCAGACCUCCAGAACCAGGCGUUCUAUGGAGGCAGGAUGACGGAGAACCGUCUGCUAGCGGUGAAGAACGCCACUUCAGAGGCCAUCAACCACCUCCACAGCUCCCUGGAGUCAUGCCCCGACCCAGACACUGAGGUUUUAGACCCCAAAGGCAUCAAGGUACCUCUACUGGCCCACCAGAGAAGAGGACUGGCUUGGCUGCUGUGGAGAGAGACCCAGAACCCCUGUGGAGGAAUCCUAGCUGAUGACAUGGGCCUGGGAAAGACCCUCACCAUGAUCGCUCUUAUAUUGGCCCAGAAGAAGAAGAGAAAGGAGGAAGAGGAGAAGGAGGAAGAGAGAGACCCUAAACUGUCCGUCUGGCUCUCCAAAGAUGACUCUAGCUUGGUGGUGUCUCAGGGUACUCUGAUUAUCUGCCCUGCCUCUCUGGUGCAUCACUGGAAGAAGGAGAUUGAGAGACACGUCAAGAGCAGUCGUCUCACUGUCUACCUGUACCAUGGGCCCAACCGCCAGAAGAGUGCCAAAGUGCUGGCUGAGCAUGAUGUGGUGGUGACCACCUACAGCCUGGUCUCCAAGGAGGUCCCUGUCCAGAAGGAGGAUGCGGAGAUACCCAGCAAAGACUCUGAGGAUGUGCCGUCGGGCCUGCAUCCCCUGAUGCGGGUGGAGUGGGCCCGCGUGGUGCUGGACGAGGCCCACAACAUCAAGAACCCUAAGGUGCAGACCUCCAUGGCUGUGUGUAAGCUGAGGGCCAAGGCCCGGUGGGCUGUUACCGGGACCCCCAUCCAGAACAACCUGCUGGAUAUGUAUUCCUUGCUCAAGUUUCUGCGCUGUGCUCCGUUUGAUGAGUACAAACUGUGGAAAAGCCAGGUGGACAACGGCUCUAACAGAGGAGGGGAGAGGCUCAAUAUCCUGACCAGAACCCUGCUGCUCCGACGCACCAAGGACCAGAUGGACUCCACUGGGAAACCCCUGGUGAAUCUGCCUGAGAGGACAUCUGAGGUGCAUCGCUUGAAGCUGUCUGUAGAUGAACAGUCUGUUUACGAUGUGGUGUUUGCACGGUCCAGGUCCACUCUCCAGAACUAUCUAAAGAGACAUGAAGGAGACAGUGGUAAAAAGGGAGAUAACUCUAAUCCAUUUGACAAAGUGGCCCGUGAGUUCGGUGUGUCCCAGCCAGACCCCGGGUUCUCCUCCCAGCAGUCCCAGGGCCCCACCAGUGCUGUUCACAUCCUGUCUCUGCUGCUCCGACUCCGGCAGUGUUGCUGCCACCUCUCUCUGUUAAAGAAGACCCUGGAUUCUUCAGAGUUGCAGGGGGACGGAAUCACCCUCUCCCUGGAGGAGCAGCUCAACGCCUUGUGCCUGUCUGCAGACACCUCGGGUCCCGACCCCAAAGCAACGGUGUCCCUGAACGGGAGCCGAUUUGCCUCCGAUCUCUUUGAGGACACCCAUGAGAGCACAAAGAUUGCUGCCAUUCUCAAAAAGCUGAAGGAGAUACGGCAGAAUAGCGAAGCUCAGAAAAGUGUUAUCGUGUCCCAGUGGACCAGCAUGCUUCAUGUCGUGGCCGUUCAUCUGAGGAGAAUGGGCCUGAGCUUCGCGGUCAUCGACGGCACGGUCAACCCCAAGCGUCGCAUGGACCUGGUGGAGGAGUUCAACACCAACCCCAAGGGGCCACAGGUGAUGCUUGUGUCUUUGUGUGCUGGAGGUGUGGGCAUUAACCUGAUUGGAGGAAAUCACCUCUUUCUCAUGGACAUGCACUGGAACCCAGCUUUGGAGGACCAGGCCUGUGAUCGCAUCUACAGGGUGGGCCAGCUUCGGGAUGUCACCAUCCACAGGUUUGUUUGCGAGGGCACAGUGGAAGAUAAGAUCUCCACCUUGCAGGAGCGGAAGAAGGAGCUGGCACAGAAGGUGCUCUCUGGGACAGGAGCAUCCUUCACCAAGCUCUCCCUGGCUGACCUCAGGGUCAUUUUUGGUGUCUGACAACUAGGGGACGGGACCAAGGUGUUAACGGUGUCCAACCCCAGGAAAUCUAUUGUUUGCCAGAUCUAUGUCACAGUGAAUUAUUGGCUCACAUUCACCGUAUGGCUUGCUGUGUAUGACUCUGGCAGAUGUUUCGCUCGCUGGUGUUCUGAGGACUGUUUUUCCAUUGUCACACAGUAUGGCUGAUGUAGUUGGCACUCCGAUGCUGAACGGGUCUUGAAUACCAUCCGGUGGCAUUUCUUAGUGCCUGAGGCCUAUUAAGUGUUGCCAGGACAUGUUUUCCAUACUGUGUUGCAUGUGUAAUGAGAAACACUGUCUGUUACUUGAUGGUUAUGUCGCCUUGUCUUCUGUGUCUAUGCUGGAUCCAGUGGGUCAUUGUCCUGAUUUUUUUUUUUUAUAAUUUUGUGUUAAUACUUUAUUUUGCUGUCAUAGUGUCAUUUUUAAAUAGUAAAA